UCUCGCUCCGGAUCCUGUCUCUCUGACGAGAAAGUCGCCGCCGCAUCCACCGCAACCUCCCCUUGUCUCUUUGCACGAUGCCGCCGCCACCCACGCCCUAGCCUGACCCAUCUUCCUCCACCACGGCGCCACCUCGCACCUAUACUCCUCCACCACGGCGCCACCUCGCACUUAUAGUCCUAUACCCGCCCCCAGGGGCUGCGCUCAGAUGCCCAGAUGGCGACCGCGACGACGGCCUACGCCCUCGCAAGAUGAACCCCGACGCGCCUCUUCUCCUCCAACUCCGUCACACCUUCGUCCAUCUCCUCCGCCAUGACGUCUCAGGGAUGGCAACCCCGUGGCCAGUUCCCCUCGCCGACUACCACAUCGCCCCCUUUCACCCGUGGCAGAGACAAUGACGCCGAUGUCAGGAUCAGCAUCUAUGCUUGCGACCGCGUCCGUCAUGACCCGCAAUGCUCACCUGGGACACUUGAGCCGGCGGUCGCAAGGAAAAAAAGCAUCGGCGCCCUUGUCUGCCCCAGGUGCGAGCUUGUUCGUCGCCAUGAGCAGCUGCGAGUCUGCGACCUCGUCGGCUACCGCCAGCACCCAGGACAAGGAGCAGACAGAUUUUUCUUUACAACCUGCCUUCUUCUGCAUGGAAUUUGUGUUCACUUUAUGGCUGGUCGUUGGGGUGCUGGAUGAUGCGCAGGCGCAGGUGAACGAUGCCUUCUAUGAUCCAACAAUAUAUCAAAGAUUUUUGCAAGAUAGUUAGUGAAGAUCCUUUUCUGAAUCACUUAUACAUGAGCAGCCUACAUAUCCAAUAUUAUGCAGUUUUGAUUUUUGUGUGCUAACAAAUUAGAAUGAAAACUCCUCCAUUGCAAGCGUACAUUGGUCAAAUCAGACCAAUUUUUCUUUACAACCUGGCUUCUUCUGCAAGGAAUUUGUGUUCAAUUUAUCGCUGGUCGUUGGGGUGCUGGAUGAUGCGCAGGCGCAGAUGAACGAUGCCUUCUAUGAUCCAACAAUAUAUUGAAGAAUUUGCAAGAUAGUUAGUGGAGAUCCUUUUCUGAAUCAGUUAUACAUGAGCAGCCUACAUAUCCAAUAUUGUGCAGUUUUGAUUUUUGUGUGCUAACAAAUUAGAAUGAAAAUUUCUACAUUGCAAGCGUACAUUGGUCGAAUAUUAAUUUCAACCAAUAAUUUGUAGCAUAUAUUAUUGAAAAUACAACGCCAAACAUAUUAUGAAGGUUACGCGUGGUUUGGUGACGCAUGUAUCAUUAGUACUGAAUUGUCAAUGAGAGCUACCUCUGUACUGUAGUAUUUUUAACCAAGAUAUCUUUUUUGUUCCAUUACCAACUAAACAUGGGUUCGUAUGUUACUAGGAAACAAAGAUGCAGCUGAAAAAAAACAGGAAACAAAUAUGGGCUGAUGAGAUAUCGUGACACAUAUAUUGCUUCUGUAUUAUCUCCAAAUAGUUUUAUGAUUUUAAUGUAUGGCUAUUUCUACCAGUGCCCUUCGAAGUUCUAUCCAUAGCUGAAUCUAAAGGAUACAUGAAAUGAGAGUGCUGGUUCCUGGUAACUAACAGUGAUGCAUGAAGUUACUUGAUAAAACCGUAAAUAGGUAUGUAAUCCUUCCCUGUAUCCCUGCAUGUCCAUGCUGAAACCAGCUUCGAACGGGUACAUUAAAAUUCACAGUAUCCAUGCAUGUCUCUGCUGAAUCCAGUGUCAUUAAUUGGUUUGGACUUGGCCAUAUAAUGGGAUGUCAGGAAAUAUCCUUCCCAUCGAUUGGAAUACUUAUUGUCGACAUGACUGUUAAUAUUACCGGUUUCUAUUGUUUCUAGGAGCUGCAAGGCGGCGGUCAUUCUGAAAUGUCUAGGUUGUGCA